AUGAUGGAACAAAAAAAAAUUCGGCAAAAGACAAAUAAUGGAUACAAGGAAAAGUACUCUGGGAAGUUAUUCGGAAAUCAUGCAAACAUGAAUAAUCAAAAUGUGAACGAAAAUAAAAAGCAAAACGACUUUACCUCAGCGGAAGCAGCGUGGAUGGAAAAGAAGCAAAAGCUGUACAAAGACACAAAUAAUCAGCCCUUGUGGGAUUUUCGAAAAAUACAAAUCAACCCAACGGACACAGAGGAAAUGAUUAGUUUUCCUUCAAAUCAGAUAUCCUCCAAUAAGUAUGGAACAUAUUCUUUCCUCUUUAAGAGCCUAUAUGAGCAAUUCUUACGAUUACCAAACGUUUGGUUCUUGAUUAUCUGUCUGUUAGAAUAUAUACCAGCCUUUCAGAAUUUGUCAAACUAUAUGUACUAUACUAAGCAGUCAUCCAUUUAUCUGCUAGCCAUUUUUGUAUUCGUCUCAAUUGUAAAAAAUGUGUAUGAAGAUUCUAGGAGAUCAAACAUAGACUCUCAGAUCAAUAACAGGUUGUGCCACGUUGUUGACGGUUCCAAUAGUCAGCUAAAAGCAGUGAGGUGGAUGGAUCUAACAGUCGGUAGUAUCAUUCGCUUGAUAGAAAAUGAGCAAGUGCCUGCAGAUAUUCUUCUGUUAAGUUGUAACAACAAUGAAGGGUUGGUAUACAUAGAAACAUCUCUAAUAAAUGGGCAAACAAAUUUAAACAAAAAAUCUUGUGUUAAUGAAACAAGGAAUGAAACUUCUAUUUAUGGGAUCUGUAACAUAAGAGGAAGAAUAAUUUGUGAAAAGCCAAAUAGCAAUAUGGAAUCAUUUAAUGGGUCGUUGAAAUUAGAUGCUCAUCCUCGUGCUACCUCCCUAUCAAUUAACAACGUUGUCUUUAAAGGGUCAUACAUAAAAAACACAGAUUACAUUUUCGGAGUUAUCAUUUACACAGGAACGGAUACAAAAAUUAUGAAAAAUAUAUUAAAGAGUGCAUACAAAUCUGGAAAUGUAAAUAGAGAAUUAAAUAUAUACACAAUUUUGACGAUUAUUUUUACCUUCAUUUGUGUGUUUAUAUCAGUGUUGUGCAAAUGGACAGAAGAUGAUAAGUUCAAAAAUGGAAUUCACUUUUUGCUUAUUACAGCGAAAGAUAAUUUGUUCGAAUCUAUCAUAAAGUACACGCUGCUUUAUUCCAACAUCAUUCCUAUUAGUAUCCUCAUAACGGUCGACCUUAUUUCUAUUCUGCAAAGUGUCCUUAUCGAAAAUGACAAUAGAAUUAGUACCUUCGAAAAUGAAUUAUCCGAACCAUCCCUCAUUGAUGAAAGUGAUGAGCGUGCUGAUUUGAAAAUUACAAAAUCCUUUAAAUUCUUCAGAAAAUACACCUUCUUUCUGAAUAAUAUGAGCAGAAGGAACUUUACCCAAAGUAUAUUCUCUUCCGCCAACACAGAAACGAAUUUGGACAGCAAGAAGAACUUAAUAGGUACCUUUGACAGACUGAGAGCCUUUAAAAGUUUCUUUAAUAAAAAGGGCAGCUUGAUAAACAACAGGUCGCAGGUGAAUACUUCUUAUAAUAGGAACUGUCUGGGUGAGAAUAACAGUGUGAAGGGGGGAAAGGCAAACAGAAAGAAUCACUUCUUCGCAAGGGUCAAAAAUACCUUCUGGAGGAAAGAGAAAAUUGUGAAUUUUCAGGCGAAUGUGGUAGCCAAGCACAGUAUGCCCUAUCAUGGACACAUGAAGAGCAGCUGCUCCUCUCCUGCGGUCUCUAACAAGCAGUAUCCCCUGAGCGGAAAAAUUGACGUAGAGGUUAGCGGCCAUCUUGACGGGGAGGCUAACUGCCAUGUUAGCAACCGUGCCGACAAAUUCCCCAUUAAUGACAAGCCAACAGGACUGAACACUGAUGAUGCUCAGAGGCGAAGAAGAAACCCCCUAUACGCCCUUCUCCCAUUUUUUAGAAGGCGAAAGAAGACAAAGAAAGCAAUUGAUGAGAUUAAAAAAGUGCAUAAAAUGAAGAGUGCCAGUAAAUGCUACCUCCCCAGGGAUUGUUCUACUCCAAAGGAGGAUGAAUGUGGCUGGGGAAUCUGUCUCAAUUCUAACCUGCAUGGAGAUUUAGGAAAUGUGGAUUUUAUAUUUACAGACAAGACGGGAACCUUGACAAGCAAUGAAAUGUCUUUCAACAUGUGCUCCAUUGCUGGUAAAACGUAUGGAGAAAAACGACAGAAAGGGAAGAAGGUAAAAAAGGGGAGAGGAAUACCUCCCAAUUGUAAUCAAAUGAGAUUCUCUCACAAUGGUGAUAAUGAUGUGAAGAAGAAUGACAAUAAUAAUCGCUUUUUUAAAAAGCUAAACUCGGAUGAUGCUCUGGUAAAAAAAAUUUCCUUCGCCACGAACAUCUGCAAUGAAUCAUCUGACGAAGAUGAGAAGGAAACUGAGGAGGCACGCAAAAAGAGGGAUCAUCUCCAUAAUCGCCAUGAAGAAUUGCGUGGGAAUAACACAAGUGAGAAUCAAUCGGAGAAUGCACAAUCUCAAGAUGCUGAUGAUACGAAGAAAGAAGAGAACAUAUUUCCAAACUAUAAAGGCAGUUCAUUUUGGAGUUACCAAUCGAAGAGUAUAAAUCGAAAAAUUUCCGGUAACUCAUUAAAUAAAUGUCCAUCUUUGCAGAAUUCUGUGACAUUAUCCUCUUCCAUAUCACCAAGGUCUUCUUCCCGUUUUUCCGCCACUUCAUCUUCACCCCGUUCAUCCUCCUACACAUCUUCUUUCACAUCGUCAUGCUUAUCAUCUUCUUCAUCUUAUGCUUCUUACGCCUCCUCCUGCGGUGUCCACAAUAAGGUAAAUUCGUCCUUCUUAUAUUCCUCGUCCAACAAGGAUCAUCACGAAAUGGCAAACGAUUUUGAUAGCAUCAAGAGCUAUUCCGAAUUGGAGAAGGUAAAAAAUAACCACACACAUCUGCAAGAUGACACUAAGGAAGAAGGAACGGACACAGGAAAAGAAAGAGAGGAAUACUCCCAUGGAUGCCCUGAGGAAUAUACAAAUAAAUUCCCACAGGAAAAUGCUGAUUUGUCGAAUUUCUUUGAUCGAAAUUAUCAAACAUACUUAAUGCAACAUAAAUUUUGGAGACCCAAAAGUUUUCGAAAAAACAUGAACACAGGAUCUGUUAAAGCAAUAUGCGAUUUUAAUGACAAAAGAAUUUAUGAGGAUUUGAAUUCAAACACAUGGAGAGGCUACUACAUUGAUGAAUUCUUCAAAUGUAUGACUCUGUGCCAUGCAGUAGUUCCUUUCAUUCAAUUUGAUUAUAUCCGAAAUAAGAAUUUAACACAUUUCCCCUCGAGGAGCUCCAAGGGAAUUUCCCAUUAUAUGGAAAAGUACAACAAUAAUCCGAAGCAACAGUCAAAUGAUAUUGUCAAGGCGAAGAAUGAGCUGAAUUUACAAAUGUCCAUAGGGUAUGAUGAAUUGGAAGAGGAAGAAGAAGAAGAAGAACAUCAGAGGGUAAGUAAAUUUGCGGAUAGACAAGAAAAAUGGAUCACGGAAAUAUCAGACACUAUCAAAAAUUGCAACAGUGAAAAGAAGGAGAAAAAGAAAAAUGAAACGAACCUGUACAAUUACAACUCGUUAAACACUAUGAAGCUUAAGAAUGAAAAAAAAAGUAACAUAAAAUUUAAAUUCCUUCUUAAUAAAAAAUUUAAGAAAAAAAAAAAAAGUUACACUUCUGUCGCCAGCUCAGAGAUUUACAAAGGAACAGAAAAAAAAGACAAGAGCAGGUGGAAUGCCUAUUUCAGUAUUAGGAAGAAUAAAAAUUUGUUUUUGAAUGAGAAGAAAAAAAUGAAUGAAAGCGCUUACAUCUCCAAAAGGAUUAGCGCAGUUUCAUUUAAGCAAAUAUCGAAGGAGAAAUUGCUUUCGAUGAACAGCUACGCAAGUAAUCGAAAUAGUGAAGAUGGAGCAUUUGGAGUGGAAAGAAAAUACAAAACCAAGUCGCGAAACUUAGAUGAAAAGAUCUGCGAAUUUACUUCCUUAGGUAAUGAGAAGGUAUCCCGGAGCCACGUCAGAAGUAACAUCGCAAGUAACGCCCCAAGUAAGAGCGCCAAUGCUCCACCCUCAGUGUAUGAUGACGGAGGAACCUCCAAAAAGACGGAGGAUCGCAAUACCAUACAACACUCCGAUUUUGAUCUAGACAAAUGCAAAGACCCCCGAAUGACGGAUAACUAUACCUCCGAUUCCAAUGCCUACUUGGAUGCCAUCAAAUAUCAGUCCAGCUCCCUCGACGAGGAAUGCCUAAUUUACACCUCCAACUACAUUGGGUAUAGACUCAUACUGAGAAACAAGAAUACCAUGUGCGUCGAAAUAGAUGGCAACUUGCACAAGUGGACCAUCAUCGGGAUUAAUGAAUUCACAAACAAGAGAGGACGAAUGUCUAUUGUCGUCAAGCCAGAGUUUAUGCAGUCUGGGUCCAUUCUCUAUGUGAAGGGAUCCGACACGUCUAUACUGUCCCUGCUCGACUUGAAGUAUAGCAGUUUUUUGGAAAGGGAAGGAAAAAGAAGGAGACGAAAAAAGAAGGCGCACAAGGAGAGGAGUCAGGGCAGAGCGAUUCCGACGGUGCUAUCCAGCAGCAAGGGAAGAGACAAAUUGGACGCGAGUCAAGGGAAGAGCUCCACCAGUGGGAUUAACACUGACGGUGAAUGCCCUCAUCAUCGAACAGAUGCACAUCUCGAUGCAGAAUCCAACGGGAGGAGCGAAAGUUGCAGAUUCGCAAAGCGUUACCGCCAACUAGAAAAACAGUUGCGGAAGUUCUCCGUGAAGGGGCUAAGAACUAUGGUGUUUGCCUUUAAAUAUCUGAACGAAGAAGAAACGGUAAAAUAUAAAAAGAUGUAUGAUGAUGCGUGUGUCUCGAUAUAUAAUAAAGAGGAGAAACUAGAAAAGGUAGCCGAAACGGUAGAGACGCAGUUAACCUACUUAGGCAUUACCGGGGUUAAGGAUAGGUUACAGAAGAAGGUAUCCAAAACGAUAGAAAUUUUGGGACAGUCAGGAAUCCGAAUAUGGAUGCUGACAGGAGACAAUGUAGAGUACUCAUUACACAUUUCCUUUUUAUGUAAAUUUUUAAAUUCGCAUACGAAGAUAUUUCACGCCAUGUUGGAAAAUACUAAUUGUAAAAAAUUAAAAAGGGAAGGAAAAGCAUUGUAUGAAUUAUUUCAAUUAGAGAAGGAAGAAAAGAAAAUCCACGAAAAAUUAUGUCUACUAAUAAAUGGAAAAAAUUUACAAACCUUUUUAAACCAUACUGAUUUACAAACCCAUUUUCUCAAUAUGGCAUGCAGUUCCGAUGUAGUAAUAGCCUGUAGAAUCACUGCAAAACAGAAGGCAUUCAUUGUACAGUUGAUAAAACAUAGACUAACUCCAACCCCCAACACAUUAGCCAUCGGAGAUGGAGCUAACGAUAUAGCAAUGUUGCAAGAAGCAAAUAUAGGAGUAAGUAUCAUGACACCUGAAUGUAUAAUUUCUUCUGGCUAUGCAGAUUAUUGUAUACAAAAUUUUUGUUGUCUUCGCAAGUUACUAUUUAUAUAUGGCUCGAAACAUUUAUACACCAUGAGCAUUAUCUUGUACUGGAAUUUUUUUAAAAAUAUCGUCCUAAUACUACCCGUUUUUUUUUAUCAAGCAUAUGCAUCAUGGAGUUGUGUAAAGAUCUACCCAGAAUUAUUAUAUACCUUUUUCAACAUUUUCUGGAUUUUUAUUCCUGUAAUUUAUUACAUCUUCUUGCAGCACAAUUUGAAUUAUGACGUACUGUAUAACAUUCCUUUAUUUUAUGCUCUUAGUAGAAGGAAGUACAACAUGAGCACGUUAAAAUUUUUCCCUUGGAUUGGCGAAGGCAUUUUUUAUUCUAUCGUUGUCUUUUUUUUUGCAUACACAGCACUUCGGGAGAAUUCUCAUUUGAAUAAUGGAGAAGUCGUUACGAUUAGCACUUUUGGCAAUAUUUGUUUUCUUGGUUGUUUUUUAAUUUGUAUUGUUCGUCUUUUUCUGGAGGGAUCUCUAUGGUCGCCAUCCAUAUUGAUCACCUGUUUUGGUUUCUUUCUUUUUGUCUUUUUCCCCUCCAUUCUAUUUAUAUUGUUUGCCUACAUUUCUAAUGACUACAUAAGGGAGGUCUUUAGACAAACCUUCAUGUGGACACCUCUCUACAUUCUCCUAAUUCUCUGGUUUACUACCUGCAUCAUCUGCUAUAUAUUUAUUAAUUUUGUAAAAGCUGUGAUGUUUCCAAAUAUCUACAGCGUUGUCAAUCACUGGCUCUUCGAGGAGUACCAGGAGAAGCACAACAAGUAUAAGUACGUCUACUUUCUAUGGGGAAAGAAAAAAUUCCUUAACUUAAAAAAAAUUGGAAGGAAAUUUAAGCACAGAUUUAGCAAAACCGUCCACAAGACAUACAAAUUUAAGCCAACCAUGAAGAAGUUAAAUAUCGAAGAGAACAACACAACGAACAGGAGCAAGUACCUAAACAAACAGCGCAAUCUACACAAUGAUGCAUCUUCCACCAAGGGAUUCAAUGAGGAAAGAAAUUCCAAAUUUGACGAAAGUAUUUUUGAUGGAGAUGAUGUCUGCCUUGGUUGCAAUGAUGAUACCCAGUUCGAUGUGGAGAAAAUUUAUGGUAGCGCCAGAGUUACCUUGUGUGAACAGGCUGUUCAUGGGAUGGAGAAUUUGAAUAACUCAGAAAGUGUAAGUGAGAAGUGGGAUGUGCAAGGAGACACCAGAAAGAAGAUCAAGGGCGGUGAACGUAAGAAGACUAGAUGGGGCAAUCCAAACAGCGGAAAUGACAACGAGAGACGACAUGAAAAAAAAGCGGGAAUAUCAGAAGAACAGAGCUAUAAAUCCCGUUUGCAGAAUAAGCACAGAAAGGAACAUCGAAAAAGUGAUGAUCUGCAUAAAAAUCGAACGGAUCUGAAUGGGGACACCACACCAUCCAACAGAGAAGUAGUGAUGAAAACGAGAAAGAGUAAAGUUGGAGCACAAGAGGAAGUGGAACUGGCACCAUUAAGGAAAAAAGAACCUAAUCCGAUGAUUUCCGAAAGGGAGAAUAAUACGGGAAAAAAUGACGACACUGCAAAUGACGAAGGUGACCGAGUGAACCUCAUCGAGUCGGCCUCCGAUGAACACACCGAGUCGUCCAUUGCCAGAAUUGAUGAGCCCCUAAUGAUUGAAUUGAAAAAUUGCUUGAACCCGUUAAGGAACACCUUUCUAGUGGAUUUGCUACCCCAAGGAAAGCGCUUCCGUAUUAAUGAGGAACACAUCUAUUUUAAAAACAACGAGAGGAUGGAACACAUUCCAGAACCGCUAGAUGUGAACAAGAGGAACUAUCACAUUAUACAAAAUAAGGCUGAUUUUUACGACAACGAAUCAACAUCGGAGUUCUCAUACACAAGUACGGAGAGUAUGAAUGACAGCAAUGGGAAAAAGAAGAAAAAAAAGGAAGACGCACAAAAAGAAAUUGUAAAAGUUAGCAACCUAAUUAACAGAUUUACUUUAGCAUUUAAAGACAUGCAACUGGAAUCAGGGUUCCAAAUUCAUAAGAAGAAUAAAUUUUACAAAAUUUUUACCCCUUGGUAUAGAUUCAUUUUUAUCCUCCUUGGUAUUUUUUUUCUGUACAUAUGGAAGUUAGAGUCAUCACUAAGUAAGUAUUGGAACAUAUCAUCAAAUUCUUCCACAGAUUUUUUCAUUCUUAUCUUGUCCUUACUACUAGAAUUAGUUCUACUAGCAGCAACGAUUACUACUUUUUUUCAAAAUAUAUUUAUAGAAAAUUUUAAUAAAAUUAUCAGCGCUGUGGUGGUAUUGAUCAUAACUCAUCAUGUGGUUACUUACUCCAUUACGCACAUCGAUGGAGUUUUUCAAGCAGUUCUUUUCCCUCUUUAUACAUUUGUCAUUUUGAGAUUACCUUUUGUUAAUGCGGUGUUGUGUAACAUAAUUUUCUUAAGUCUCUUCAUUAUUAGAUUUAAAGGGGAUCACUUCUUAGAUAAAAAAGGAUUAGCACAUUACAUUCCUUUAUUUAUCGGCGUUGAUGUAUUUGUAGGUUUUGUUGGUUAUCGCUUGGAAUAUAAUCAAAGAAAAAAUUUCCUACUAGAAUAUUCAGUGGAGGCAUCCAGACGAAAGCAAAGAGAAAUAUUGAAUACAAUGCUUCCUCCUUUUGUUGUUGAUGAGAUGAUUUAUUCUGAACUGAAUGAAGAAGGAAUACCCAUUUCGUUAAAAGCAGAAGAUAUAGAAACCGUUACGAUAAUUUUCUGUGAUAUAUAUGAUUUUCAAAAUAUCGUUGCUAGUAUUGAACCUACCCGACUGGUAGAAGUGUUGGACAGACUAUUUCUCUGUUUUGACAAAUGCACAGAACAGUUUAACUGUACCAAAAUUGAAACUGUCUUCGAAACAUACCUUGCUGCAUGCGGGUUGGUAAAGAAGGAGGGAACGGAGUCCAAAGAAAAUAAAGGGCAACGGGAUGCCCACGAUUCUAUCGACUUUGCAUUGUCAAUUUUGCAGGUUAGCAGUCACAUGAAGUACGAGAAGACGAAGCAUAUGUUCAAAGGGGGAGAGUCAUUCGGUAGUGGGGCGGAAGGGAGCGAGGAGGGUGCAGCGAAAAAACACACAUUCCCCCACGGUGUCGCCAGCGCUCCCGGAACGGCAGGAACAAGCGGCGGUAACGGUAGCACGGGCGCAGAGAGAAGGCCCAGCCGAAUCAGAGUCAAAAUAGGAAUAAACUCCGGCAGAAUCAUUGCAGGUGUGGUGGGGUCCAAGAAACCGCAGUACGCCCUAUUCGGAGACACAGUAAACACAGCAUCUAGAAUGAAGACGACAGGAAAACCAGACUACAUACACAUAUCCGAAGCGACAUACGAUUUGGUAAAGGAUGACAAAACAUUGAUAUAUGAAAAGAAGGAAACAGAAAUUAAAGGGAAAGGAACGAUGACCACAUACCUACUAACAUCUGUCAUCGGAUUGAACUAUCCAUUUAUAGAGGAAGCGACAGACGACGGAAAGUGUAAUUUUGCAUCCGAUUUCUAUCUAGAUAGUAAUGACCCAAAUAAUAAUAUAAACCUGGACCAAACCCACAACAUUUUAGGCUUCUACUCAAACAAGGUUAACCAGAACAAUGAAUAUUACAUAAAUGAUACCAUAUAUAAUGAUGAAUACAGUUUGAACGAAUCAGAUAAUAACACAAAUAACGAAUACGUGAAUUUGAAAGAGCCAUCUCUUCAUGAUGUUCCCAAUGAAUACAUUAGAGAUGUUAAUACCCAUUUUUACGAAAUUAUUAAGUUGAGAAAUUUAAAGAUAGGAACAGCUGUAGGACAUCAAUUGAAACAGAAGGAUGUUCUGAACAUGACAUUUUUAAAUAAUGGCCUGAACAAUGACACCACAACAAAUUUCACUCCCUACAUUGAAAGUAAUAAUAAUUUCGAGGAAGUAAAAGAAUUUGAUGUAGGGAUGAACAAACUCUCCCUCAGUGACUCCCUAUAUUACUUAAAUGAUAACUUCAUAAAGAAGGAUGCAGAAAAUGAGAACCUUCAGCAGAGGUGCAAAGUUGGCACGCAGGAAAUAAUUGAUCAGCCUACUAAACACAGCAUACAAAAUUCUAUCCAUUCAAAUAGAGAUACUGUGGACAACAAUGAAGAUGAUUACAAGGACAUCCAACUGUGCACACGGAAAUGCAACGUUUGUGGUGAGAACUAUUGUACUCCAAAUGAUUGUAUCAAUUAUGAUCAUGUCAAUCAUGUGUCUUAUCAUAAAAUGCUCAGUAAUAUAAGGAGGAAUUAUCUUAAGAAUAUUAGGAAGGAUGCAAAAAAGGAUUCAGAAAGGAAGGAAGAAAUGGAUGGACGGGGAUCCAAGGGGGGGUUACUAUGGUCUAGCAAUGUGGCUUCCUUCUUAUCAAAAGUAUUUUCCAUUUUGGGAUGGGGAAAAUGGAAGGAAAGUUUCAACGUUCAAGGAAAAAAAAAAAAACUGGGUUCUUCGAAAAGAAGCACAAGACAAACUUGCCCUCCAAAAGAUCAGCCAGAGAAAAACCCAUCCUUAGUUGAAAAGGAAGAAAAAUUCAAACGUGUAAUAUCGCUGAACAGCGAGUGGAUUUUCCUCAAAUUUAGCGAUAAAAAUUUAGAGGCAAAAUAUAGGGCCCACUUCUACAGCAACAAAUCGAAUAUCAAUUCUAUUGAGCAGGCACUGAUUAUAUUUCUAGUUACCUUUGUCAUGCAAACCUUAAUUUCGAGUACAGUAUCCAUCGUAUUUGUGGACCACAAGUUUGCAACGCAGACAUUAGAAGUAAACUACUUUGCGUACUGGUCUGUGCGUUCUCUGUACACCUACCUUGGCUUUAUCCUUUGGCUACUUUUUCACUACAGAACGAAGCCUGAAGUGUCAUCCCUACUAAACAUAAAGUGGAUGAUAUUUUUUCUUAAUUUGUUAUUCAUAUCUGCCGCUUGCGUUUUUUCCAUUGCAUAUUUAUGGGCGAUUUCCGACACGGAUCAGACAACUUCAUACACCAUAUGGAUGACGAAUGAUACGAUUGAGUUCUUUUUCUACCUAGUUAUAUUGCACCAUAACACGGGAAUGCUAUUCCAGACAUGCAUUCUAGUAGACCUGUUAUUCAUUACAAUGUCUUUAACGUUCAUAUCCACUAGCGUAGUGAAGACUAUAACUACCGACUCCACUGUAAUGCUCAUCCCGUGGUAUGUGGCCUUCAAUUUGAUAUCUACUUACUGUAAGGAAUCCAUUGAUAGAAGAACCUUUUACGCAAAUGAAAGUGCCAAAAGAACAGAAAACAGAGCUACAGAACUUCUUAAUGAUAUGCUUCCAAAACAUGUGUUAGAAGAAUUUCAACAAGAUAGACUCAAACUUGCGUAUACACACGACAGAUUAACUUUUCUCUUUGCAGACAUAUGUGGAUUUACUUCUUGGGCCAAUGGAGUUGACGCAUCUGAGGUUCUGACAUUACUGCAGAAAUUAUUUGCCAAGUUUGACAACGAUAGCACUAAAUAUGGCCUAUACAAAUUAUGCACCAUCGGGGAUGCAUACGUAGCUAUAAGUGAGCCAGUGACAGAGGACAACCAAGAUUAUGAUCCUGUUGAUGGAACGGAGAGAGUACUGGAAAUGGCAUAUUCGAUGAUCCGAAUUAUAAAAGAAAUAAGAGAGAAAUUAUGUAUCCCGAAUUUAAAUAUGCGUAUUGGAUUACAUUAUGGGUCAUGCGUCGGGGGAGUUAUUGGAUCUGGUCGACUAAGAUAUGACCUAUGGGGCAUUGAUGUUCUUACGGGCAAUCUCAUGGAGAGUAACGGAGUGCCUGGCAAAAUUAAUGUUUCAGAAACACUCAAGAAUUUUCUCCUACAACAGUUUAAAAAUAGAUUCAUAUUUAAACCGCAUAGUACCGUUCGCGUUAUAUAUAAAGACGUCAAAUCUUUUAUCAUAACUGAUAAGAAAGAAAUCGAUGCGACGAGUAAUUCCAAGAACUUACACAACCGAGGAUAUUUACUUAACCGGAAAAUUCGCAGACAGAACCAGUUGUAUCCAGAUCUUCUAUUUGAUGGCAAGAAACCGGGCACCUUUACUCGCUCCAUGUGCAAUUCCAAUUCGUUUGAUAAUAGCCAGACGCCCAACAGAGAUUUGUAUUACAUUAAUGUGAAAGAGGAGGAGUCCAACAUUUAG